AUGCCGCUAGCAAUCGUACAGGCCGCUAGCUAUAUCCGAAAUCGGGCGCCUCGAUCUUUAGUAUCACAAUACUUAAAAGAUUUCCUCGAGAGUGACCGUAAAGCAACAAGGCUUUUGAAAAAAGAGACAGCUAAGAAUUCAAUUCUGGUAACAUGGCAAAUAUCAUUUGAUUAUAUAUGCCAAACAAAGCCGUCAGCAGCACAGUUGCUUUCUCUCAUGAGCUUUUUCGAUCGGCAAGGAAUACCAGAGAACCUUGUCCAGCACCAGCCCAAGACCAACUACAUAUCAAGUUCAGAACUUCCAAGUAACUCCAGCAACGGGGAGACAUCUAAAUCUGAUUCAGGUCCUGAUUUUGAAGAUGACGUCGCAACACUUAGAGACUAUUCAUUCAUAUUCGUUAUUGCAAACAGCUCUCUCUUUACGAUGCAUCAGCUAAAGGGUGAAUUCAUUAGCACCCUCUGCGACGAGUUUCCCACUGGUCAAUACGAAAAUUGGGAGAGGUACAGGCCGCUAUUUCCUCAUGUUAAAUCCGCAAUGUCACAAAAACCAGCAUCUACUAAGUAUCUACUGAAAUAG